GCAGGGGAAGAACCGAAAUAACUUUAGAAAGCUUGGAGUACUGAUCUGGAAGAAUAUAGUCGUACAGAUGGCGCACAAGUGUCAGUUGAGCUUAGCAAUAAUAUUGCCGCUUGUGGUUGCAGUGCUAAUAGGCCUUUUGGGAAGCCUUGUGAAUUUAAUGGAUACCGGUUCAGAGGUACAAAUUUUACCUACUGCGCCAUUCCCCGCGGAUGUUGUAAAGGAAAGAAUAUUUACACGUUUGGAAUCCGUCAUAUACUCACCGAAGAAUCCACGUAUCGAACGCGUAGUUAAGAAGGCUGCGGAAACACUGAAGUUAACAGACUUAACAGGUUUUGACAAUGACCUCGAGUGGGCGAAUCGUCUGAAGAGUAGGCUGUAUACUGCCGGCAUUGCGUUUGAUAAUGCGCUCACUGAUAUGAAGGAGUUUCCCUCCAAGAUUGAUAUUACCUUGUCUUUUCCAUCCAUGACAAUACAACCGGACGUCACUGAAUCUAAAGAUGAUGCUCUGAUGCCUUUUGAUGAUUUCUGCUUAAGCAUCUAUUGCUCUGGUUUUCUAGCCGUGCAGGACACUUUGAGUAGAGAAUUGCUGAGGGAAAAGUCACCUGGCAAGACUAUACCCACUGUUUUAAUGCAAUAUUUCCCACUCGCUCAUACUGCAGUAGAUGAUUUUCGGGGAACAUUUAUAAAGACGGCCGCCUUUUUCCUAUUUGUAAUACAUGCAUAUCCUUGCGCAUGCGUUGCUCAGACCUUGUUGGUGGAGAAGAAUAAACAGCUAAAGGUGACUCUGGCAAUAAUGGGUGUGGCAGUCUGGCUACACUGGCUGGCCUGGUUCAUAAAGUGGUUUCUAUUUUUGAGCAUAGGGGCAGUUGUGGUUGCGUUAGUUUGGGUAGUGAUAGGACCAUUUGUUUUUACCAGCUCUGUAGUUAUUCUGCUUAUCCUGCUGGUGUAUUUAAUACACAUCAUAAGUUUCGCUUUUUUAAUAAGCGCCAUUUUCAUGAGCACCAUGAGGGGAAUUUUGGUAUGUUAUUUGCUAUACAUUGCUCAAUAUGUUCCCUACAUAGCUACACCAUAUAAUGCUCCCGAUAUAGCAAAGAUUAUCGAGUGUCUACUUUUGAAUAGUGGUAUGUGUUGGGCAUUUACAACAGUGCAAGAUUUUGAGCGCAGUAGGAAAAAAUUGGGAGUUGGCACAUUGUUUACGCCUAUUAGAGAGAGCUUAUCAGUAGGAACUGUAAUGAUUCUAAUGCUCCUAGGGUCUCUGAUAAAUGUGAUUCUGUGCUUGUACUUUGAGCAAAUACGUCCCGGAAAUAUUGGCAUAUCUAGAAAAUGGAACUUCCCGUUCACGCGCAAGUUUUGGUGUCCGCGUCGAGAGCCUGGAGAUGACAAAAAUGGCGAUUGGGAUGAGGAAAAAGGGGUGGAUGUGCGUAGAGAAAGUAUUGAACAAAAUUUUGAGGCUGGGCCAAAAGGGAAGACGAUAAUUGUGCAGGCCCAGCAUUUGACAAAGUCCUUCCAUGGCAUCAAAGUUGUUAAGAAUUUUUCAUUGAACCUGUACGAAGAUGAGCUUACAGUCCUGCUGGGCCACAACGGAGCUGGAAAGACGACAACUAUAAUGAUGAUGACUGGAACUUAUAAGCCCACGUCUGGGCGGGUGAUAAUCAAUGGCUACGAUAUGGCUACGGCUCCAGAAAAGGCGCGUAACUCGCUCAGUAUCUGCCCACAACAUAAUGUCCUCUUCGAUGAUCUGACAGUGGAGCAGCACAUUAAGUUCUUUUGUACGAUAAAGGGCCUGGAGAAAAACGAAACUAACAAACAGAUUCAAAAGUAUGUGCUUUUAUUAGACCUCAAAUCAAAGGCCAUGGUCCGAUCACGACAACUUUCCGGUGGUAUGAAGCGCAAACUCUCAAUAUGCUGUGCCCUCUGCGGUAACACGCGCGUGGUGUUCUGCGAUGAGCCCAGCACUGGAUUGGACCCAUCGGCGCGUCAUGAUCUGUGGAGUGUUCUGCAGAAGGAGAAAACCGGACGGUGCAUUCUGCUAACCACACACUAUAUGGACGAGGCAGAAGUAUUGGCCGAUCGCGUAGCCAUAAUGGGCGAUGGCGAACUGCGUGGAUAUGGCACUACGUUCUUUAUGCAACAAAAUAUUAGUGCAGGCUAUCGACUGAUAUGCGUACAGCUGGAGGACUGUGAUGUAGACAAAGUUACAACAUUUCUGAAACGUUAUAUUCCCAAAAUCACUCUGGAACGCACUGUGGGUACGGACCUCAUAUAUCGCCUUCCACCACAGGAAACCUCCAAGUUUGAGAAUAUGUUUAAGGAUCUGGAGAAAAAUCUGGAGGACCUACGAUUAUAUGGCUUCGGUCUGAGUCCCUCAACGUUAGCGGAUGCUUUUAUGACAAUCGGUAUGACAAAAAACAAACUUCCAGAUGACUCUGGAAAAGCAACUACGUGGGGUUCACAGACUGGCUUUCAGAUAAGGGACGAUAUAAAGAAAAAGGAAGGGAGGAAGUGUAUGUGCUGCGAUCACUUUCCACCCAUGAUGCGGAAGAAAAUACUGCACACCUAUCGGAAAAAGGGCAUAUUUCUGACACUUACGUUGCUGCCAGUAGCAAUAUUUUUGCUUACUGAAAUAAUCGGAAAACUAUUGCCAUCAGAAAAAGAAUCGUUAAAAUUGGAUUUAACACUAUUCAGCAAUGCGAUGGUAAUGUUUCAUACAACAGCCACCAAAGAGCCAUUCAAAUCGAUAGCGGAGCGUUACAAGUCGCUCGCAGAGAGCAAGGGGGCCAAAAUAAAGAGUAUGGAUUCUGAAAUUGAUGAAUAUACGAAAGAUCUAAUCAAAGACAAAUUGAAAGCAUUUAAAAAAUCAUGUGUCGGGGGAGCUACAAUUACAGACAAAUUGAUGCUAGCUUGGAUAAACCCAGCCCAGGCUCACUCUCUUCCUAUUUCUCACAAUCUUCUCUAUAAUGCUAUUGCCAAGGUCCUAGUUGGGGAUGAUAUGGAAAUCGGGAUUACGAAUAGGCCAAUUAAGAGAGAAUCACCGGUUAAAUUAAGUUCUAUAUUUGCAUCUGUGACAUUAAUAAUGGCGUUUGAUAUCGCCGUCUUCAUCAUAUUGCCCGUUGCAGAACGUUAUUCACAGACCAAAUUGCUGCAGAUUGUCAGCGGUUUGGCCUAUUGGAACUACUGGCUGACGCACUUUGUAUGGGACUAUCUAAUUUAUUUGGCCAUAGCAUUAGUAUUUGUCAUCAUUUUAUUGAUUGAUUCUCAGAGCUUCCUGUUUGAUAUAGUAAUCCUUCUUAUUUUGUUCGGCCUGGCGGGGCUACCGUUUACUUAUCUGAACUCUAUGCUUUUUAAGUUGUCAACCGCAGCCUUUAUCGUCUAUAGUAUUCUGAAUUUAUUAAUCGAUAACAUUGCUGCCAUUUUGAUGAUGCAUCCGAUGUAUGCAUUGGCCGAAAGCAGUGGAAUAAUAGCAGAAAACAUUAACAAAUUGCAAUCUGAUCAAUGUGUGGAUAAUCAGAAGGGAUGCAAAGACGACCUAAAAUCAAUUAUGACAUGGAGACCAAUACAUUUUUUAUUGAUAGAAGCUAUUCUUUACUUUGCAAUAUUGAUGCUCCUCUCUGUAUAUUCGAGACGGUUGCAAUACUGCCUUGGAAAACUGAAGCCUAAUACUUGGUCUGUGGCUGCACUAGCAGACACUAAGGAAAAGGAUAAGGAUGUAUUAAAAGAGGAGAAGCGUGUUUCAGAGAUGACUGAGGAGGAUAUUGAGGCUCAAAAUCUUGUGCUUGAUCACGCAGUAAAGGCAUAUGGAAAGUUGGUAGCUGUGCGCGAAAUUUCGCUGGCCGUAAAGGCAUAUGAGUGCUUCGGGCUACUUGGAUUAAAUGGUGCCGGAAAAACUAGCACCUUUAACAUGAUCGUUGGCGAGCAGUUGAUCGACAGCGGCAACAUAUAUAUCAAGGGGAUCAGCGUUAAAUCGAAUGCGAGAAAAGCCUUAAGACAUGUCGGCUACUGUCCCCAAGUUGAUACGUAUUGGAACUUUUUGACAGGACGUGAGAGUCUGCAUAUAGUUUUCCAGCUGCAUCGCGUCCAAAAAGCGGAUAUCAAUAAUUUGGUGGAGCAAGUGGCUAAGUAUUUUCAAUUUCGGGAGCAUCUGGACAAGCUGGUCCGUAAUUACAGCGGCGGCACAAAACGAAAAUUUACUAGCGCUCUGUGCGCCCUGGGAUCAACAUUAAUGUGCCUCGACGAGCCUACGACAGGCAUUGAUCCGGCUGCGACGCGUGAAAUCUGGGACGUUCUGACACGCAUCCGGGAUUGCGGUAAAUCGCUAUUGCUUACCUCACACAGCAUGGAGGAGUGCGAGGCACUCUGCUCGCGCUUAGCCAUUAUGGUGAACGGCCAGUUUUGUUGCCUGGGCUCCCUCCAGCACAUAAAAAGCCGUUUCAGCAUGGGCAUGGUUAUUCAGAUUAAAGUGAGCGACAAGGAUGAGUUGGACAGGGCCAAGGCAAACAUGAAGAGGGAAAGCCAAGCGCGGCCAGAUCAGCCGGACAUUGGAAAAAGUAAAUCAGCUUCUAGAAGCUUGGCUACUACCCCUAUACAGUCAGAGGAAGAGGAAGAGGCCACGACCAGCAACGCUAUCAGCAGUUCUACAAGCGGCGAAAACAAACACGGCGACCACGAGCGAUCGACGAAGCGGGACAAAAAGGCGGAUGAGAAAAAAAAGCGUGGGUCUGCUUCACCAACAAAGCCAGACAAAAAGGUGGACAAGGUGGACAAGCCAGACAGUCCGUCCACAUCGCAAGAAACAGUGAAAUCAAAUAAAACUGAAGAUGGCAGCGAUAAUUUAGAGGCCUUAAUCGAUAAAGUGGUGAAAAAUUUCACUGAGAAAUUUCCCGAUAUACAAGUAGUAGAACGAAACGGCUAUCGCGGCAUGGUCACAAUGCAUUUGCCCAACAAAGAUGUCAAAUGGUCUGAAAUUUUUGGCUAUCUUGAGAAAAAUCGUGAGAAGCUGCAAAUAUUGAGUUACUCCAUUGCCCAGACGUCUCUCCAGGAAAUCUUUAUAAAGUUUGCACAUGAUCAAAAAUGAUGGGCGAAGAGCCAUUUUAUUCAAAAUA